UAAUCAAUUCAUCAUUUGUCAACUUUGUGCAUUUUCUGCACUGUCAAUUUCAAAUCAUGUCCUGUUUGGGAAUGAAGGGAUGGAAAUGCGAUUGAUCAAAAAAUAAUCAACAUAUCAGUCAGUUAUUAAAGGUAUUGUUAAUUGCAGCCCGAAAGGUAACAGAUUCAUACUUUGGAUAAAAAUACAUUUGUAAUGUGAGGAGAAUCAAGUUGUGUAUUUGCAACAUUUUGGGGGGGUAUUAAUAUUGACAAGAAGAAAAACGUAUUUUGUUGGAGGGGAAAGGUUUUACGUAAAGUUGUCAUUUUAUGAUAUUGAUGACACUCUGAAUUGCCCGUAGGUGUGACUGGGAGUGCGAAGGCUUGUUUGUUUGUAUGUGCCCUGCGACUGGCCGGCGACCCCGCCUCCUGCCCGAAGAUAGCCGGGAUGGGCUCCGGCACGCCCGCGACCCGCCUGAUGAAUGAAUGAAUGAAUGAAAGUCUCGACUCGAACAUCCAAACAGUUUUCCAAUGAAUUUGAUCAUCGAUGAGUCGUUGAUGAAUGUAUUGAUCCUGUUGCGCGUCCCAAUCAGUUGCUAUCAGCAGCGUACGAGAGGCCUCACGCCGUCUCGUUCUUCUUUGGUUUUUCAGAACUUCGUCGGUCCGGGCCCGUCGGAGGCGUCGGCCGGCGGCGGCGGCCUCCGGCGCCACCGCUCCCUUUGCCCCGUCGCCCCGCCCGACUCCAAGUUCGACGACAUCUGGCCGCGAUGGCGGCGGGAGGGUCGGCUUCCGCGCUCGCUGCUCAGCCGCAUCCCCUUUAGGACGGACCGCUCGCUCAGCGUCCCCGCGGACGACGAGGCGCCGCCGUCCGCCCGGCCGCGGCCCCCGCCGGGACCGCACGUCGCCGAGCCGGCGCCCCCCUCGCCCCGGAUCUCGGCGCGCUACAAGACGGAACUGUGCCGCACCUUCGAGGAAAGCGGCGCCUGCAAGUACGGCGCCAAGUGCCAGUUUGCGCACGGGGCGGACGAGCUGCGAGGUCUGAGCCGCCACCCCAAGUACAAGACGGAGCCGUGCCGCACCUUCCACACCGUCGGCUUCUGCCCGUACGGCGCCCGCUGCCACUUUGUCCACAACGCCGAGGAGCUGCUCGAGGCGAGGGCCGGGCCGCCGCCGCCGCCGCCGCCGCCGCCUCUGCGCCACAGCCUCAGCUUCGCGGGUUUCUCGUCCGUAGACGAUGCGCGGCCUUCGCCCAGGCGGGCGCCGCCGCUCUUGGCCCGGGCGUCCUCGGCCUCACCUUCGGGGGGGAGCCCGGAGCUCCUCUCGCCCCCCUUCCCGAAGCCGGGGCUUCUCCGCCCUCUCCCCUACGCCUUCUCCGCCGCCACCGAGCUGGCCGGAGAAAAGGACUUCGCCAACGACGCCGACUUCGUUCUCCGUUUCUUCGCCGCCGACGACCGAGCGGACGCCGGGCGCCGCGCUCCGCCCCCCCCCGAGACGCCGGCCGCCCUCCUCGGGCCCCCCGGCCUCCGGCGCUGCUCCUCGACCGACUCGCUCUCCGAGGAGGGCUACGCCUCGUCCUGCUCCCUGAGCUCCGGCUGCGGCGGCGCCGAGUCCCCGGGUUGCGAGGGGCGCCGCCUGCCCAUCUUCAGCCGCCUGUCCGUCACCGACGAGUAGACCCGGCCGGAACCUGUCAAAGCGCACGGUCGCAACAGCUGUAGCGCUGCUCGCCCUCUUGCUCUCUUGCUCUCUUGCUCUCGUCCUCGUGUCUGCUGCCGUAUACCGGGCUCUCGCCCCCUGCUGGAGCUUCUGCAGAACUUCCUGCCGUCAGCUUUAAGAAAGACGGGACAGGCUCACUCGAGUGCUGCUAACUAGCAUGAGUGGACCCGCACUCGUGCAAAAAAAAAAAAAGGCUCUUUUUAUAUCAAGUGUGUUCGGAAUGCGAAGAAAAGCUUGAAUUUUCUUCGGUUGAAGAAUUUUGCUGCUUCCUAACUGCUAACAGGUUAGCACGCUAACUUUGUGAUUGGCAGGUCAACGUUGAAAUAAAACCAUUUUUGUUUUCUUUACCAGGAAGCCAUCUGUCUUACAUUCUACUUAAAUUAAAAGGCUUAUUUAUUUCUUUGUGUCCCUUCAAAGUAAAGGCUAUAUUAUUUUGUGGUUUGAUGAUGAUGAGCUCGUGUAAUUUAAGCGCAGUU